AAAUUUAAACCGUCACAGGUGGGGAAAAAUAUAGCCCUCGCAGACCAAAUAGAGGCAGAUGGUUCACUAAGAAAUAAAAAUAGAACUAAAGAGAGAAAUAGACAGGAUGAUGAUGAUGAGUUUGUUAAUGCCAACUUGUCUAAGAAAAUUUUAAGAGAAGCUCGUAGACAACAAGCUGAACUUGAAGAUGAUGUUGGUGGUCCAUCUCCUGCUAAACAUGUUACUCUUUCUGCACAGUUAAGAGGUCCAGAAUCAGAUGAUUCAGAUUCAGAACAUGAUGAUUUGGAGCCUGACACAUAUUAUGAUAAUGUGGAGAUAAAUGAGGAAGAUGAGGAAGCUCUCAAGAUGUUCAUGUCUUCCAAACCGGAACGGACCCGUACAUUAGCUGAUAUCAUCAAAGAUAAGAUCACAGAUAAACACACAGAGCUACAAACACAGUUCUCAGAUGUAGAAACAUUGAAAUUACAGAAUAUUGAUCCAAGAAUUAAAAUCAUGUAUGAGGGUGUCAGAAAUGUUCUUCAAAAAUAUCGAUCAGGAAAAUUGCCCAAGGCUUUUAAAAUGAUACCCUCAUUACAAAAUUGGGAGCAGAUCUUGUAUAUAACAGAACCAGCUACAUGGUCAGCAGCAGCAAUGUAUCAGGCAACCAGAAUUUUUGCAUCUAAUUUAAAAGAAAAAAUGGCACAAAGAUUUUACAAUUUGGUCCUGUUACCCCGUGUUAGGGAUGAUCUGGCUGAAUAUAAGAGGUUGAACUUCCAUCUCUACCAAGCUCUGAGGAAAGCACUUUUUAAGCCUGGAGCUUUCAUGAAGGGAAUUUUACUUCCGUUAUUAGAGGCUGGUGAUUGUACACUUAGAGAGGCCAUAAUUAUAGGAUCGGUAUUGGCUCGUAAUUCAGUGCCGGUGUUACAUUCUAGUGCAGCAAUGUUGAAAAUAGCUGAGAUGGACUACACUGGUGCAAAUUCAAUAUUCCUCAGGAUUUUAUUCGACAAGAAAUAUGCCUUACCAUACAGAGUUGUUGAUGCCGUUGUUUUCCAUUUUCUAAGAUUUCAAUCUGACUCCCGUGUGUUGCCAGUGUUGUGGCAUCAAGCAUUAUUGACCUUUGUGCAACGUUAUAAGGCUGAUAUUUCUACAGAACAGAGAGAUGCUAUUCUAGAAUUGUUGAAAAAACAAUAUCAUCCCACUAUAACUGCUGAGAUACGAAGAGAAUUACAUGCAGCACAAUGCAGAGACAUUGAAGCAAAUGAACUAACAUCAAACCACAUGGUAGUGGAAUAAAUACACAUGGAAAUAAAUGCUUAUAAAAUAAGAAA